AUGACAACACAAUCAGACAAAGAUACAUUCGUUGAGACGACAACAAUGACACCGACAUCAGAUGAGAAUACAACAACUACUACUACAACAAGAUAUCAAGUCGAUAGAUCAAUAGCAAUUCAAAGAGUUAAUGAUAUACUUCAUCCUCAGUUCGACUCGUUCGGACAGUACUUGUUGAAGGGAGUCAGGUUUGGAUUCCUGACGGGUAUACCAAUGGGACUUAUUAUACAUAGAUUCAUCAAGACACCCGACAACAUUCUAUUGUCCACACUAAAGUCGACGAUCAACAUGACAUUCAUUGGUACCUCUUACAUGGCCACCUCCUACGUGCUGGACAGUCAUCUGCUGAUACCUGGCAUAUCAAACGCGUUGGCUAGUGGCGCCGUCAGCUGCGGCCUGGCCUCAAGCGUCUUUGGCGGACUGAGACAGUUCCCGGUGGGCGCUGCGGCAGGUGGCAUCAUAGCCGGCGUGGGACACCUCGUCCAUCGCACGGUCAUCGCGCCGCGCCCCAAGGCUGGCGAGAUUGGCUCGCAGGCAGCCAACGCCAAGGAGCUGACACAGUUGGUGAAGCAGUACAACAUACAGCUGAGCCCAAUCGACACACACAUCUAUCGACGUCUACUCGAAGACGAAUCACUUCACAAGGAUGAUCUGACUGCCAUCGAGUAUCUGAAACAGCUGUCACCACUUCGCGAAGUAUCACCAGACGAGCGCGACACAUUGCUAAAGAUGAGGACACAUGGACAGAUCAAUCUACCUGGUGCAUCAUCGCCAACGUCCCUCUCUCCAACAGGUGGUAAUGUUACACCUUCGAAGGAAGAUGAUUGA